GGCAGGCUUGGGAGGAUAUACAUGUUUUCCUGACCCACCAAAUUGCCACUCAUUACGUUAGGACACUUGGGCAGGCCCUAGAAAGAGCUUCCUUUUUGUUUUGGACCCUUAAAUAGCUCCUGCCUCAUUUCCUUCACAUCAGCCAGUCAGUUGUGAUGGGAUCCUCCCACUUUGUGCGCCCAGAAUUCAAUCACACAUUGGUACACGUAUUACACAGCAAGUUUUGCAGAGGAGCAUUUCUACAGGAUGGCAUCGUGGAAGGGACUCUAUAGCAAUGUGGAUGUGCUUGAACAUCAGACAGAAGUUCCCAAGGUCCAUGAACCAAGAAGGUGGCCAGACUCCAAAGAGAACCCAGAGGUGGAGAGUACCUAUGAGCCUAUUGACCCGGCAAUCAGACUGGAGGGGAAAGAAGCAGAGCCACUGCCUGCAGAUUGCUCUCCAGCAUGCUGGAAAUCACCUUUCACACGCAGAGGUGGCCUAGUAGCUGGUGCCGCUGUGCUGGCCACAUCUGUGUCCCUGAACGUGUUGCUGCUUGCUCUGGGACUGGUGCACUCUUGCAACCCGUUUUCAAUGGAUUGGACCUUCUUUCAGGGGAGCUACUACUUUUUUUCAUACUCUCCAGGAACUUGGGAUGUGGCCAACCAAUCAUGCACCUCCAUGGGAUUCCACCUAGUGAUGAUCAACAGCCUAGAGGAAAAGGGCCACAUUGCAACCAUCAUGAAGGCUCCUUCCUGCUGGAUUGGCCUUACUGACCAGGUGCUUGAAGGUGACUGGAAGUGGGUGGAUGGGACGCACAUAGAACAUGGCAACAGCUAUUGGCAUCAAAAUGAGCCUAAUGGUGGAAAAGUUGAGAACUGUGCCUUGAUGCAAAACAGUCUGUGGUACGAUCACCAAUGCAAAGAGACCUUUCACUGGAUCUGUGAGAGGAAGCUUUAGUUCAAUGGAGAAGUCUCACCAGCAUAAGAUUACAGUACAUCCGACAAGCACAAAAACUAGAGGCUGAACCUAUGCAGAUUCUAGCAGAUCAGCACUGCUAUGUAACUUCUAUCUUUUCCCAGUCAGAACUGUAUAUGGAAAAACUAAAUACUUGCUUAUUUCACAUAAAUAUACUUUUCUUGCUCUGCUU